AGAUACCCGCCAGGUGGUUGGUCCGUAUUAAAAGUGUUCAUUUUGCUUUGUGGUAUAGCGGUUGGCAUGUCAUUCGGCAAGUUUAUUGUUCACAAACGUUUACUGCGAAAACGUCUCAGAUUGCAGAUGUUUCAAGGUGAUCAAGGUUCCUGGAUGAUCAUGUUUCUAACCACAAUUAUUUCACUGUUUAUAUUUUCGCACAUUUUCAACGGUUUUCUAAGUCUUGGCUCGGAUUUGGAUCGAUAUAAGUUGUCUGGCUUUUUUGGCGUGUCUAAUGCAAACUUUAUGAAAUUCGCUGCACUGGGAACUUGGACUGGAGAUUUUGUCACUGCGUGGAUGGUCACAGAUAUAAUGUUGCAGGUUAGUCCCACGUUGUUGUAUGUGUAAUAAAUAUCGUAAAUCGCUUAUAAAUCGCUCGUAAUUCGCUCGUAAAUCGAUAUGAACUCCUUAAACAACGACGAAACAAUGUAUUUUACUCGAAAACAAUACAAAAUUACAAUAACAAAGCAAUUACGUACAUGAUUGACAGUUAAUACAACCUAUUUAUAGCUAAUUAUAGCAUAAUGUCUCUGUCUGGUAAUGUAAACGAUAUAUUAAAAUGUUAAUAAUUACUCUGUUCAUAACACUCCCCAGGGUUGAGCCGUACACAGUGCUCAACAAUACUCCCCAGAAUAAUCGUAAACUAGAAAUAUGAAAGUUUCACGAACUACAGUCUGUCUAACUGUUCGCAUAAUUGGUUUCUCGAAUCAUUAAUUAACGGAUAAUGUUUAUGUGUUCCUCUGAAACUCUUUCAUCUGUUCCAAUCUUCGCAACUCACCCACUACAUAUUCUCCUUGCAUAUCCUCCGUGUUCCUAGCAGCUCGUUUAACUUUCAGUUCGUUGACAAACCUUAACACGUACGCUGUUACACGCAACAGCUUAGCGAAGCUGCUGAAACGGUCACAAUUUAUGAUGUCGUUCAGAUUCAAUACAGCUGAUUCUUCUUCUUCUUUCGUACUGACGAGUGAAUGAAUAAUAGUCUGCGGUUUCUUAACGGUUUCGUUCAAGGUUGUGUCAUCCAGGGCGCUCGCUGCUGGAUCCUUCGGCCACUUGCACUGAGGCUUGUAAAGAUACUCUGGUCCACUCCACCUGGUCCUGUGGUAGCUGAUCAUUAUAGACCACUCGCAACUUUGUAGUCGAUUUGUCUUUCCUUACUACACCGUGAUGUGGAAGAUAAUGUACGUUGUUUUCGUUCUCUUUGCUGUCGUCGCUUUGAUAAGGCACUCGCUCGAUUACUCCCGAUAUUAAUUGUUCCUGAAUUCCUUUGUCAUAUUCUCGAAGAGGCUCAGGUUGUAUUGUUAACUUCUGAUGCAACGACCGUAACCGAUUGUAACAAAGUUCGUAGUCGACUCCGACCUCGGGAUUGUCCUCUUUCCAAGGUAGGCGAACUUCGUAUCGUUCUCCUGUAAAUCGAAUAUCACGAAUGAAGUUGACAUCAUCGUUUGGUUCAGCUUGAUAAUUGUCUAUUCCUAUGGACUCUGUUUCCCAAAAACGCUUUAGUGAAUUGACAAUCUUGUCCUCGUUCGUUGGCGCGGUGAAGUAUCUUGAUGUGUCCAAUGAUUCACCAGUUAGGAUGAGAUUUGAAACAGUCGGACCUUCGUGUUCAGCAGAUUUUGGUACUCGACCGGAUAACAACCAUCCAAGCUUGCUGCUGACCGCUGUAGGACCACUUUCACCUUUGACAACAUACCUGUGACAAUGUCCCAAUAAUGGUCUGCGCCAAUUAGGAUAUCGAUGCUGUUACUUUCAUUAUCGUCGCCGCCAAAGUCUGCAAGUUCCAGCCCUUCCAGACGUACGUAAUUCGUGUUGACUUUCGAGUUCAGUGGAGAACAUAUUAUAGGGAAAUUAAUUGCUGUAACUUCUACCCCUUCACUUCCGUUUUGGUUCUCGAUAUUGAAUUUAUAGAUUUCGCAGUUUUGGCGCUUGCAUUUAUUGUCCCCAAAUGUGUUCAAAUACAGUGUUUCCUUUCUAAGUGGUUCCAACUUUAAUUUCGCUUGAGUUGAAUUCGUAAUAUAAGAGCGCUGGCUCCCUGUGUCAAAUAAUACGCGUACGGGAACUGUUCUUACACCGUUCGUUGCCUUUGCUCUAGCUGUUUGAAGUAAAACAGUACCCUUACAGAUUUUUGUGGCUGUUGUUGUAGAUUCCUAAUUUUUCGGCUGUUCGGUUGACUUCGCGCUUUCGACUUUCUGAUUUCGUGAACAUUUCGAUUGGUGGUGCCUGCCCUGGCAGUGGCGGCACUUUCUUGCAUUGUUACAGUCUUUCGCGUUGUGUCCUUUCCAUAAACAGUUGAAACAACGACCUGAUUCACUAAGAACUUUCUUUCGAGCUUCACAAGGAACAAUCUUUUCGCAUGAUGCUGAAUAAUGGCGACCACUACAGUAAACACAUUGGAUUUUGGAAUUGUCGGGCACCUUUAAAUUUCAGCAAGGUCAGCUUCGGUAAUUUCGGUUUAACAUUCGUUGUUGUACUUGUUGUCGCUGUCGGUUGAGACGUGUUCGUGUUUACUUCGCUUUGACUCGCACUAUUUGAUUGUUCGCCACUGUCAAUAAUCGUACUAUUCGUUGAAUUAUCAUUCCCGUAGUCUACUUCUUGAUUCGGUGAUAACUGACUCGGUUGGACGUAAUUCUUUACGUUGAUCACUUUCGAAAUUCCAGGCUUUAAAGCGUUUUCUAGUUUGCUUUUAGCGGUUAAUAUUCUGGAGACAACUUCUGCCGAUUCUUCGAUUUCUUGUUCGAUAUCUUUUACAUCGCAUAAUCCUAAAAUCUCUUCGUCAAUUUCGCUUAGAAUUUUUAAUUUCCCUUCGAGUAAAGAUCGGAUAAUUUCGCAUCGAUCGACAUCAACAUCGCCGGGUAAAUGUAGGAGUUCGUCCGCUUCUUUCGCUAAUUUAGUACAGACACCACGAUGUCCGCCUCGCUUCGCUCUUAAUCGGUCUAAAUUCUCUUUCGAUUCGGUCAUAAUUUCGCUUGGAUUCAACUUGUUAUGUUUUCAAGUUGCCCCACGUUGGGCGCCAUGUAAUAAAUAUCGUAAAUCGCUUAUAAAUCGCUCGUAAUUCGCUCGUAAAUCGCUAUGAACUCCUUAAACAACAACGAAACAAUAUAUUUUACUCGAAAACAAUACAAAAUUACAAUAACAAAGCAAUUACGUACAUGAUUGACAGUUAAUACAACCUAUUUAUAGCUAAUUAUAGCAUAAUGUCUCUGUAUAUUAAAAUGUUAAUAAUUACUCUGUUCAUAACAGUAUGGGUUGAUUAUAUGUAUUUUUGUUUUGCGGUGAUUGGCUGAGUUGUCCCAGUGGUGUAACUUUACUUUUUUGACCACUUGCCCUCGGGGCAAGUUGAACAUGAAAGUUAGUUGCCCUGAAUGAAAAUUAGUUGCCCUGGGGUACAUAUAGGUAGGGGGUAUAAAUUAAGGGGACAACAUGCCGACCCGUUCUCCCACUGCUCUAUAUGGCUACCGUAAACCUCCUACUAUAAGCCCUGUGCUUAUAUACUUUCGUAAGCGAUUUUUGAUGGGCUUAUACCAUAGAUAUCUUAUACACACUAGAUAGUGCAUCUAAUUAUUUUGCAAUUCAAAAAUUGAAGCCGUGAUUGCAGUCUCAGGUCGUUCCCAUGAAAUGAGAAGAUUCGUAUGUUUUCUAUUUCUUAAACAGGGAACUUAAACAUUAAGUUAAGCCUAUUCCAAAUACAUUUUUAAACUAGUCAAAUGAUGAAAGUUGUUGUUGUUUUUAAGCGUUUAUUAGCAAGUGGGAACGACCAACAUGGCCGCCAUCUAUUCAAAUGGGGGUAACCGCUGGAAUAUUCUUGGCUUCAAUUUUACAAAAAGAGAUGCGCUAUCUAGUGUAUAUAAGAUAUCUAUGGCUUAUACAUGGGUGGGCAUAUAUACCGGGGGGCUUAUACAUGGACGAUCUUUUGUGUUAGUAAUAAACAAGUCAGACAUAAACAAGUCAGUCAUAAACAGGGAAAUAAACAUAAACUUAAAGACGAAAAUAUAAACUUAAAGAUGCCCAGCUAUUUGUGGCAAGGCAACUUGUCCAAAUCGGGCAAGCAAGAUAAAACGUUUACUUGCCCGUCAUGAUAUUCACUUGCCCCGGGAAAGCGGGCAAGUGUUAAGUUACACCUAUGUGUCCUUCAGAUUUCAACCUCUAGUUUUCGCGCCAAAACGGAGGAAUGAAAUAAGUUUUAAACUAAAUUUUUUUAAAAAACUUAACCUACUGUAUAACCAUACAUAGUUAGAACACAAAAAUGAAUUGCAUCAAGCUCUAAAGACUUGAUACUAAGCACGUUGCACACCAAAUUUGACAGUUUUUUUAGAAAACUGCGGCUGCAUGUCAGACAGUUGAUUUUGACAUACAAAACGCUCAAAAAGCUGUAUUUUUUUUUCAACUGCUCAUGUAUCCGGCCACUUAAAAGCGAAAAAUCGCUGUUUAAAAUGCAGAUAAUUUAGAAGAAAUCUUUUCGUCUCAAUCUUAUAGAAUCUUAAAAAUUUUUUAACUGCAUGCAAUGUAAACCCUUUCGACAUCUUUGCAAUUUCUGAAUCAUGGCUAAAUCCCUCUAUCUUGGACUCUGAAGUUAAUUAGCCUCCCUGGCUACACUUUGGUAAGGAAGGAUCGUAAGAAUAUGCGUGGUGGUGGAACAGUCAUUUAUACGAGACGGUAUCCCAUAUAUACGCACAGUCCGGACCUUCUACUGGCGCUAUUGAGACACGCUGGGUUGAAAUAAAUCGUGCCAAAUGUAAGAAGCACUGGAAAUUUUUUUUCCAAAUCCUUACUAUGGAAAUAGUAUGAAUCUUAGUUGAAAAUAGUAUGGAAAUCCAAUUUUCAUGUAGGCUACUAAUUGCAAUUUCCAUACAAUGGAAAUAGUAUGGAUUUACUAUAAUGGAUUUAGUGAUGCAAUCGCACAUUCCAUAGUAUGAAUUUCACUAUUUUUUUCUAGUGAAUCUUUUUGUUUGAGUGUUUGUAGACGCCUGAUUUCGGACCUGGCCAAUUCGUUGAUGACUUGAAAAGUCACCUAAGAACACCGAUCAUUUUUCGUGCAAAUUAGAACAAAAAUUUCAAAGGUUUUCUAGGUCAAAUAACCUAGAACAGCUAGCGCUGAUCCCCACCCCAACUGGGAUAUACAUGCAGUCAAUCCAGCACUACUCUCGAUUUGACUUUUUUCCCUUUAUUGACAACUUUGAUAACAUCCAUAUAAUUAACAAAUAUAAAACAUUUUCCGUGUUGAUAUACAGUUAUGUCAACACGAGUGGAAAGUGGGAAAACGAGAAGUUGUGUGGAAACACGACGCCCGAAGGGUGGAGUGUUUUCACACAAUUUCGAGUUUUCCCAAUUUCCACGAGUGUUGAUAUAACUGUAUAUCAAUACGGAAAAAAUGUUUUAUAUUUGUUUUAUAAUAUACUGUAGCACAAAGAAAUGACGUUUCCGUGUUGAUAUUGAGUUAUAUCAACACGGCUCUUAGCCAAUCAGCGUUCAGAAUUUACAAAUGCUAUAUUAUAAUUACAAUUAGUGACUCUUAGAACAUUCUAUUUAUAUGGAAAUCAAGUUCCUGGAAAUCCAAGCAAUCGUGCAAUCUCAUUUUUCUUUUUUUGUAGCCAAAUUAAAUGGCGAUCAACUAAAAUUGUCUAGACUUAGAUAUAUAUGUUAUUUACCGGCUGCGAGGUCCGGAUGAGAAAAACUGUGCCCGAGGUCUUGAAAACGGCCCGAGCCCGAAGGGCGAGGGACGUUUUCAAGACCGAGGGCACAGUUUUUCUCAUCCGGACCGACGCUGCCGGUAAAUAACGUGUUUAUUUUUUAUCAGAUCUAUUCAGAUGUAAAAAUUAAAUUGAUUAAAAUUCCAGUGUUGCUUGCGAACUAAUUUGAGAUCAGUGCAGUUGUGUAUUUUCAAAGCGAGGCUGAUAAAAAUUGAAAAGUUAAAAAAUAUAAAACACGAAUACGAAAACUCGAGAAAACUGGCAAGAAACACACAAAAAGACGUAUAGUUUCAGUAAAAAUGUACAUGCUUUUUUAAUGAAUAUGGUAGCAGAAAAGCUUUGGAAUAAAAACUUUUAUGCCUGGCGUUUUGGCUUUGGCUUUGACAAGUUGCUCCUGACAACGACAGGUUCAUGUUCAGAUCCGAUCAAAAACAUAUAAAAAUGAAUCUGUUUUGAUUUAUUAACGUUUUUCUACUAAAAGGACAAUGAAAAAGGUAUGUUAUUUUUAUAUUUUUGUAUUUUUUCUUGUCGUUUCACGAUAAUAUGCUUGAAAAAAGUGUUUUUAAACACAAACUUUUACUUUGUUUAUAUCAGUGAAAAAUAUAUGACACAAAAACAAAUGGGUAGAGAAUAUAUUCGUGACUUGUUUUCACUGCUGCAGUUAAACCUUCUUUUAUAAAUGGGAAAACAUUUAUUUUACAAUAUCUGUUUAAGCUGUAAUUUUUUCGCUUUUAAGUGGCCGAAUACAUGAGCAUUUAAAAAAUAUAUAGUUUUCUCGACGUAAGUUUUAUUAUACAUGUCAAAUACUUUCCGACUUUCAGUCGCAAUUCUAUCAAAAUAUUGUCAAUUCUCGUGAACAUCGUGCUUAGUAUGAAGCCUUUAGGGCUUGAUGCAAUUCAUUCGUAUUCUGACUAUCGUUAGGCUAUGUUUUUCAAACGUUUUCGGCAGAUUUUUUCGUUUAAAAAUUGUUUCACUCCUCAGUUUUUGCCGCGAAAACCAGAGCGGGCAGUUGCAUUUCACAGCGGGCAGUUGCGUUUCAGAGCGGGCCGGAUGCAAAAAACCGGCCCGCUCUGGAAGGCUCCUCAGCCAAUCAGAUUGCUUCAUUUUCACUGAUAAAAAAUAAUUAGACUUAUUAGAUUGAUUAACAUGCUAAGUUACAGCUUCUUACUUUUUAUCAUAGGAAAAAUUGUAUCCGUCUUGGGCUGUUUAUCUACGGUCAAUUUGGCGUCGAAAAUGGCAUCGUAUUAUUGCUUUCUGGGCAGUCUGGAUUUUAGCCACAAUAAUUGUCGCGACUGGUAUAACCACAGAUUUUGUAAAAUGGGAUGAUCUCAAUCGUGAUUUUGUGUCCACGAAUGAAUUAUCACGCGCUUUUCUUGCAUCGAUAAUCCUUGUUAUGGAUUUACUCAUCGUCAUGCAGGUUGGUCCGCGUAGCUUAUCGAAGGGAAGAUGGCUAUGAAACUGAUUAAAGUAACAAUUAUAUAACAUCAUGUUCACCUGAGUACAUAACACCAACACAGAAAAAUCAUGAUUACUAGAUUGCAUUGAUAUCGAAGGAACUAGACUCAGUUCCAAAAUAUCACAUAUUCGAACCGACCUGACCGCGUAGCUCAGUUGGCAGAGCAUUGGGCUAGUAUUCCAAAGGUCGUAGGUUCUAUUCCCACCGUGGCCAGGCAUUUUUUCAAGCUUGCCCAGUGUGGAUAUACACUCAGAGUAACAUCACAAACAUCAUAUUCACCUGUGUACAUAACACCAACACAGAAAAAUCAAUAUAACUCAUUGGGUAAAUAUCAAGAUUUUUGAGGCAUCUACAAUACCCAUAAAAUAUUAUUCAUACGAGUGAGAUGCCUCAAAAUCUUGAUAUUCACCCAUAACCUAUACAUGGCUGUACCCUAGUAUAUAUACAUGAACUUGUGGUUAGAUCUCGACAACUGCAUGGCCUAUGUAUAGCUCAUGCAGAAGGUUCGAGCGCUACACCGGAAACGCAAGGCCGCAGGUUCAAUUCCUGCCAGGGAGCUAAAGUUGCAUUUUUCGCUUCUUUUCCUGUAGGUUAGGUCUAAUAAAUGUAUAUAAAUUUCCAUUCGAGUAUUCGACAAUUUCCAUCUAUACAGUACCCAUCAAAUAUAACUCAUUAUAUAUAUUCAUAAAUCUGGUCCUUCACCGUCACGUGCGUGUUGUAUUUUUACCCAACUAACCAAUAGCAAUGUUUUAAGAAAGUUACCUAUCAUAUUACCUAUAAAGUUACCUAUGAAAUAGUUAUUGGUGGAUUUGGCAAAAUACAAUACACACGUGACGGUGAAGGACCAUAUAUAUAUGAAUAAACGUUGACUAACAUAGAUAAUGAGUUAUUGUUAUUCUGAUGAGUUUCACAGCCAUCUUCCCUUCGAUAGGCUAUGGUUGGUCUAAACGUUAUUUUAUUAGUAGGAGAGUAUUGCCGUUAGCAAUACUUGCUGAGUUUUAUGCACCCGUCUUGUGACGUUCUUCUACAAUGACGUUGAUAUUCCCCUCUUGCUCAGCGGCGGCGCCAAUGGGACCCCCCCCCCCUCAUGAACGAGUCGCAAAUUGUUGUAUUUAUUCAACAAAAGUUGAGCUGUUUGGAUAUGAAUUAUCGAAUUGAAUGAUCUGAAUUAAAACCAAACUUAAAUUUAAAUAUAAAACUUAAUACUUCAAAAAGUUAGGUGAAUAAAUACCUUGAAAAUGUUUUCUAUCGAGUCGUAGCGGGUAAUUUAAAAAUUCAAAACUAUCCAACAGCCUCAAUAAAUGCAGAUGAGUUGGGUUUUGUUGGCGGUCAUGGCUGGAAACAGUUGUUGUGGGUGGUUAGGAUCAGUCUCAAUAGUUGAGAUAGUCAUUUGAAAUCUUUCCCAGAACGGAGGAACGGAGCUAGUUAAACUGCCUUCACUAUACACUGUAUGGUGAUAGACGAAACGUUCCGUAAUUAAAUGUUUCAUAUUCUUACUUACAUCUAUCUUUCAAUGUGCUUUUUUACUUGCUGAGUAAGGAAUUAUUCUUGAACUAUUCGUAUAUUUGUGUGGAGAAUUACCCCAAAUUUCAAUUGUUUGAAAUGAAUGCAAUUAUUUUGUUGAAUAUUAAAAUAAUGCCACUCGUCUAACCAAAUCAGGCAAAGUUUGUAUUUUAUUUCCUCAGACGUUUCGCAGACCAAGGCUUCAUCAGUGAAUAUACAAUAAUCUAGAUAAUAAAAUCGUCCUCCUUUAUAUAUAUAUACAUGCAUAUCGCUUAAUUAAAAAUAUACAAGUUAGUAUAGUAUGUGUGUAGUUUUUUUAUCUCAAAAGGUUGCCACAACAGCCUGUUUCAUCCAAGACGAAUCAUCAGGUGGUUCAAUGAGACUGUUAUAUACUUUAUUUCCAGGACUGGGAUUUUCCUCAUUUUCAAUCCGCUAUUGACAUCAAAUUACCUGGUGUGAACACGUCAUCAUUUUAUUUCACCCCACCUCGUUGUCUAAGAAAGGAGAACUGGGCAGUACAUGUGACGGGUAAAUGGUUCAAUUAUGGUGUCAUAUUUAUUGUUAUGAUUCUCGAUAUUAACAUGUGGAAAAAUCAGAUCUUUUAUGAUCCUUUUACCUUUGGACAAUACACGGACUCGGAUGGCUACAUCUACACUGUGUCUAAUACAACAUUUGUAGAGAACGCGAACAAAACCACUCUUUCGCAUGAAUGGCGUUGGAACCAUACGAAUCCAAUGACCAACAGAACAUAUGGUGAAGAUGACUUGAGAAUGAAUUCAAAGUAUUUGGGUUAUUCAUUGGGAGUGAAAGGUCUAGCUUUUGUUCCAUCCAUUGUUGCAUUCAUUGUGUUCGGCUUGCUGGUGUGGUUUUACGGCCGCGUGGAUGCUGCGGUGAAUAUUGUGUCAGCUCCCAGUCAGGUUGAUGGAAUCGUGGUGGAUCAGUGGGAAUAUGAAGAAAAACCAUCUCAUCAAGGUAUGAUUAUGAUAUAUAUUAUAACAAUUAUUGAAUGAGGUCGAGCAUGUUAUGAAGAAUUAUCAAGCCAUAAGUUAAUUAUCAAGCCAACCGAAGGCUGGGGUUGAUAAGACAAACUGAGGGCUUGAUAAUUCUUCAUAUCUGGCGAAAAUCAAUUUAUAAAAUUUAUUUAAAAAAUGAAAAAUUCUGUGGUUUCAUUUAUUCUAAAUAAUCCGUCUUUAUAUUGACCAUUUCGUUUCCCCAAAUCUUUCCUUUUUCCAAAAAUGGUUCAAAACAAUUCGUGGCUGUUUCCUUUGAUAUUUCUUCUUUAAUUUUUGGACCAGGGAACUGGUUCCCAAUCGCAGCUAAUCUUCUUGUUAGAGAGCUUAAGAUCUACGACGCCCCCGGCUCAACGACGCGCUUGCAAAAGAAAUAAAUUUGUCAUGCAAGACAAAAACUGUGAAUAAUUUGUGGUUCCAGGGGUAUUCUUAACGGCUUUGUCAUUCCAUGUUUUUACCGGGAAACUUCAAUGUUUGUGAUGAUCAUGUAAUGGUAUACAAAUAAUGAAUGUUUAUGAGUGCAAUGGUAAGAAUAUUUCAUGAGGUGAAAGAUGGAAUGUUCCAUUCAACGAGGCGACAGCCGAGUUGAAUGGAACAUUCCAUCUUUCACCGAAUGAAAAUAUUCUUACCAUUGCACUCAUAAACAUUCAUUAUUUGUUUUAUAUAAUACCAAAAUAGACUAAUAGAUUCGUAUGAGAAGCACUUUGAGGGAUGCGAUUUAUCGAAAACACAAAGAGUGCAAUUGUACUAUACGUUUUAUUCCACUGCACUCGCAGAGAGUGCAAUGGAACGUGUUCCAUUGCACUCUUGGGAAAUGGAAUUUUUUAUUCGAUACCACGUGACCAUAAACAGCCAAUUAAACGAUCAGAAUUCAAUAAGGUAUUAUAUAAUUUCAAUUAGAUCAGCCAAUCAGCUUAGAGCGAGUUAAACGUGAUUGGCUGAUCAGAUUAAAACUUGUCAAGUGUUCUUGACAAACAUUGAAGAUUCUCACACAAAUAGGCAAUGUUUUUAUCUGCGACGGUCCACCUUAGUUGCAAGCGACGGUAUUUGGGCUGGAUCAAAGAGGGCGGAUGUUGAGUCGUAGAUCAGGGUGACUAAUACUGAUCUACUGGUGGUAAUCAAAACUCGUGAAACAACGCACCUUUAUGCAUGGUUAGUAGAUUACAAAGAGUUUUAUGAAGGAGAACUAUUUAUUAAUGCGUUCGACAAGCACAAAAAUCACAGCUGUACUAUACGUUCAGCUUUGAUGAAUGCUUUUUCAAGCAAUACUUAUGCAUUUAUAAUAUUAGAAGGCUAUAUUAAUAUGGCUUUAAUAAAAGAUUGUAUUUAUCAGUUUGAUUCUCAUUCACGAAAUGUUUGUGGUAUACUGGUACAUGCCUGAUCUAAAUGAUAAUAAAUGCGAAUUUAUAGAACUUUAAUACUUGCAAUUACUAUCCUGAAGACUGCCCAAGUACCGCGUGCGCUUAUGGUGUGAUAAUGCACGCGGGGAAUGUUGGGAGAUUACGAGAAAAGCGUGCAAAACACGAGGCGUAGCCGAGUGUUUUACACGCUUCUCGAGUAUUCUCCCAACAUUUUCCGAGUGCAUUAUCGCACUAUAAACGCACGAGGCGAGCUUUUCUAUUUCUAGAAAGAGCAUGCAAGCAGUGCCACAGAUCACAGUGCAUUAUUGCGUAAUAAUGCACAAGCACAAGCCAAUCAAAUUGUCUGUUAUAUUACACUUAUAUUAUAAUUGUUUAUCAAGUCAAAAUCUCGAAGGUUUUGAACGUUUAACGACUUGGACAAGAUGGGAACUCGGUCACGCAGUCUCUGGUUCGCUAUAGUACGAUCGUACUUAUUUAAAAAUUUUUCCUUAUUAAAGGCUGAUUUCCACUGUUGCGUUUUCAUACGUACGUAUACGCACGUAAAAUUUUAAAUCCGUUUAAAUGUUGCUUAUGAAAUAACCAAAUAAACUAGGGAGAUACUAAGCAUGGGGCGAGCCUGCGCCAGAGCAAUGAUAGCCAGCGACUAUCAUGCAACAAUGUUUACUAAUGUCAACCUUUCUUGUUUCCGCAAUUUAAUUAAACUAUCAUUGGCAUUGCAAUGUAUAGUGUAGAAAUUUCAAAGGCAAAAUUCGUAGUAUUAUUAACGUUGGCAAUUAUAUUUCUUAUACCCAUGUUUCAGGCCUGUUCUAAACGUCGCAUUUUACAUGUGCCGAAUGUAUUCAAAACUAGAGGGCACUCAGAGGCUGCAUACCUCCGCCCGCAUUGAAUUUCGGUCAUGUAAAAUGCAACUAAGACAAUAGACAAUGAAGGCUCAUUAUUGUCUUAGUACUGCGUGCAUACAUUAAACACGUCCUAAUUACGCAUUCAGUAAGUUUUUUUAAUUGGCCGGGAAAAGCAAGACAAAUGUUUGUUCAUUUCUCGUUCAAUUUUUAACCAAAUUCAACCAAAUUUUAAUAAAUUCUUCCUUGGCCGAUGGGAAAUGCAUUAAAAAAAUUUCGUGUGAAUAUGUGUGGUAUUUCUUGAGUUAUCGUGCUCACAGACAAACACACAUACACACACACAUACACACAUACAAACCCAGAUGAUUACAUAACCUCCUGGCGGAGGUAACAAACCCAGAUGAUUACAUAACCACCUGGCGGAGGUAACAAUAGAUAAUCAGCUGAAAUGCCUCAUUUUAUCCAUUGUUUUGAAUGCAUUCGGCGCAUGUAAAAUGCGACGUUUAGAACAGGCUUUAUAUAUUUGAUAUUUUGGGAAAUGCAUUCAAAAAAUUUCGAAAUGCAUUCAAAAAAUUUAAACACGUUAUUGAAAUCACAAUCUUUUCAAUAUUUCAUGCAUGAAAUAUUGAAAUAAAUAAUAUAGAAUGCGUGGUUUUUGGCAAGCGCGCAAAAAAUAGCAGAUAGCAGAUAUACAUACAUGGCACUGCAUGUAAACAAAACAUUUAAUUAUUAAACAUUUAACAAAACAUUUUUUUGAGAAGAAUGACAGAAUUACAGAAUAUUCAGCCCGAAUCAAAUCGAAAUCGGGCUUUGCAUCAGAAUUUGAUCCGCAACUCACUCGGAAAUCGAGAAAAGUAAAAUUGCGAUGGGCUUUAUAAUAAUAAUACUGCAUGUAUUAAACAAAACAUUUAAUACAUGCAUACAGAGAGCCGGAUUGCAAAAACUUGCAAAUAAGGUCUUUUUUUCAUAGUCUUAGAGAAGAAUUACAGAAUAUUCAGCCCAAAUCAAAUCGAAAUCGGGCUUUGCAUCAGAAUUUGAACCGCAACUCACUCAGAAAUCGAGUAAAGUAAAAUUGCGAUGGGCUUAAUAAUACUGACCAUUCCAACUUCCAUUUGUUCUUUGGCAUGAAGAAUAUAUUUCAUCGCAUGUCGCAUGAAAAAUUGUCAGCCGGUGAGAGGCGAAAGGCCCGUAAAAAUUACUGUAAAUCACUGCAGUGUAGGACUGAAAGUUCUCAAAAUAGCCGGUGCGAGGCGAAAGGCCGGUAGGAUUUAAAUCACUGUAGGAAAAGUUCCGUGUACGGAAUGAACCGACCAUAAUGCAUUGCGCUUGGGCUGGAUGAGCCACCAAACUGUGGGGCUCGCUCAGGCUCGCCCCAAUAAAGCAAAAUAACUUAGUGUUCCGCAAGUUUUAGUAUGCAUUAAUUAACGUAUUUGUAAAAUAUUUGAAAAAUAGAAAGGGUUCAAAGUUUUGCGUGCGUGUACGUGCGUACGAAAAACGCAACAGUGGAAAUCAUCCUUAAAAACUGAUCGUGUUUCCACAUUUCUCAUUCGUACUUCCACAGCAUGACGUCAUAACGUUGAAUAUGAUUGUUUCAUAUUCAAAUUUAUCACGUCACUGACGAUUUUACAGCCAAUCAGAAACCAUGAGUCUUUUAAUUAAAUAAAUAAUAAAUAACCACUAUUGAAUGAGGAUGAGCAUGACAUGAUGAAUUAUCAAGCAUAAAUUUGUGUUAUCAACCGAAGCCCAAAGCUGAGGUUACCAGCUCCUGUCUUUAUUUGGCCAAGUCUUAUAACAAGUAUUUUAAGAAGCAUUUGAAUCGUCUAGUCUGCAUGGUGAUGGCAAUUUGCUCUACAAGUAUCUGUUAAAACUAAAGAAAUUUAUUUAUCGUGUAAAACUACCCGAAACGUUGCAAAUAUAAAGCAUUAUAUAUUGUGUAUAAUCCUGGAUUUGUAAUGAUAAUCUAAAUAAUUGUGUACACUUUGUAGAGUGAGUGGUUGUCCAAAAUAUUUCCUUGUUUAUAAAGAAGCUUUUGGAAAUUUCGCUCUAAAGUUGUAUAUAGGUUAACCUAGGAUUAAACUAAUCACUUUUUGAACAACUGUAUGGCCCUGGGGCUACAAACCAUUGUGCGGUUCCGUGUGAUCAUAAUCAAUAGAAUAAAGAAGAUUAGGAAACUUGUUGAGGAAACUCGAUGGGAGACACCAUUGCUAUCCUGUUCAGCUCAAAGAAGCCAGGGCCGUUGGACUUCGCCGGGCGGGUCGGUUUAGCGCUAUAGAGUCUCCCAGGUUUCGACGUCAAUGCCGAAGUUUUUCAACGACACUUUUGGACAAUGCAAUUUGCCUUCUGCUGGUUCGCCAUAGAACAGUCUUUUAUAGAAAGCGUGAGUCAGGCAUUCCGACAAGGUGGCCCGCCCAACUGACCUGGGCUCUUUUGAGCAGGUGUUGGUGCUGCGAAAGACAUGCGAGAGAGGACCCCGGUGUAAGGGUCUUCGUCACGCCAAAUGAUUUUCAACCUAUAACUAACUAUUACACCUCUACAACAAUGUUAAACGACCCUUUGUUGGUUAUUGCUUCUCGUCUGCGGGGAUCUUCGGGUCGGGGGACAGCUGUUUCAUGAUAAUUUAGACACAAUAUUAUAACCACACUUAUACACUUUUAUAUAUUUUGUUAUUCUGUGUUGAUGUGCUUCCCUUCGAUACCGUGUCAAAACUCUCUCUAAGAUCUAUUGUGCUCACCCUAUACAAUUACACCUAUCAAUCGCUCAUUGUUCAUUGUUCAUUGUCAGGGGUUUAUUGUUAUGAGUAUCCGGUUAAUUAUUAACUAUUAUGUUUCAUAUAACCACAACGACAACCUGAAGCCAAUCUACUAUGUGACUCUUUCUGACUUUUUAAGCUAUUGUGCAGAGGGCCGUUGUAAGAAUGCGAAAUGUAAAAUGUGAGAUGUUACUCGUACCCAGGUGCCAUAGGAACGUCUGCGGCAGGGUGAUGUGUCUGGGUUUACGAAGGCUACGAAGCAGUAUAUCACUCCUUACUAAAGCUGGAGUAAUACGAGCAACAAAAUUGCUGCAACUUGCAGCAAAACUGAUUUCUACGCAUGUUAAUUGAAAUGUUUAUGCACAAACAUUACGGAUCACAAGGAAACAUGUGUCGACAUUUCUACUAACAUGCGUUGAAAUCAGGUUUUGUUGCAAGUUGCAGCAAUUUUGUUGCUCGACGUAUUACUCCAGCUUAACUUCUUAAAUACAAAAAAAUUAUGUUUAAUAUCUUUUCUGUUUCGCAUUUAAUUUAGGUGGAAAACAUGAUCAGGAAAUGGGAAUAACCAGUGAAAGUAAUUCAAAUGGAAAGCCUCGUCCUAAAUCAGGUCCGAUAUCUGUUGAAGAAGUCGAUAGUAAAAGUCAACCUGUGCUUACCAGCUAUGAAAUGAAAACGCUGACAUAAAAGCGCCCCUAUAGUAUUAACGCUCUAUGCACAAGAACCAUUAUUUACCGUGUAGAAUUUCGUGUAGAAUAGACUUGUUAUAUUUAUUCGCAUUCCUUCAGAACAUUAUGUAUUGAAAUUCAAUAUUCGUAUGGAUGUAUUUCGUGUUUGAAAUUUGGAGUGAAUAUAGAAAAGAGAUAUUUAGUGGUUAAAGACGUUAUCAAACGACGCAUUUUUUUUAAAUGAGGCAUAAAAUAAAUAAUUCGCGUGUAAUCCUCAAAGUUGCUUGUACGAUUUCUGUUUCCUCAUGUUACUAGCACAUUUUUCUAAUCGAAUAUAUGACACGUUAUCAUCUUACUAGAAAUACAUGCAUGCAGCAACCCCUCGCCUUUUUUAACAGAGGAAGUAUAGAAAUUCCAUUCAACAUGAACUACUCCGUGUUUAAAAUAAUAGUAUAGUCGCUAUGGUAACAUGAAAUUAAUAUGAGAAAAUAAUACGAGAUAAUUUUUUACCUAAAGAAUCAUUGAUUUUCAUAAUUUGUUAUUUGGAAUGUAGUUUUAUGUUAUGUGGCUUUCAAUGGGCUAAAAUUUAAUGUAAAAUGUAACGGUAAAACAUUUCGAAACUUUGCCGUGAAACUGCAGGGAAAACUGAAACACUCGUUUUGGCGACAGUAGUUUUUUCAAAAAUACGGUAAAAGUAUAUUUGCUUUAUAUAUAGUUGGUGAAGCCAUAUUUGCUGUAAGUAAAAGACCAUUAUAAACACGCAUAAAAACACGAUACGCUGUAUUAAUUGCUCCAAAUAAACAAUAUUUAAAAUCACUACAUUUAUACAAUUUCAUGUAAAUACCAGCUAGCAUAAAAACAUAC